GAGGAACAGGGGAAUUGCCUUUCCCUCCAUAGCUGCUCUGCUAAAAACCUUCGUUCUCUGAAGCUCAGAAGCACAAGGAAGCAGGCAACGAAGCUUAAACCCUAGCUAAGGUCACACAGCAUGGUGAGAUUGACAGCGGAUUUGAUCUGGAAGAGCCCACACUUCUUCAAUGCCAUAAAGGAGCGCGAGUUGGAUCUCCGAGGCAAUAAGAUUGCGGUGAUCGAGAACUUGGGCGCCACUGAGGAUCAAUUUGACACCAUCGAUUUGUCGGAUAAUGAGAUUGUCAAGCUAGAAAAUUUCCCGUACCUUGAUCGGCUGGGCACUUUGCUUAUUAACAAUAAUAGAAUCACCCGUAUCAAUCCGAAUAUUGGGGAGCUCCUUCCGAAGUUGCACACUUUGAUUCUCACAAACAACAGACUUGUCAACUUGGUCGAGAUUGAUCCUCUGGCAUCCCUUUCGAAGCUCCAAUAUCUUAGUCUGUUGGAUAACAAUAUUACGAAGAAACCCAAUUACAGGUUGUAUGUGAUUCACAAACUGAAAUCACUCCGGGUUCUUGACUUCAAGAAAGUGAAAAACAAGGAGAGACUGGAAGCCGAAAGUCUAUUUUCCUCGAAAGAAGCUGAAGAGGAGGUUAAGAAGGAAUCUAUAAAGACCUUUACACCAGGAGAGGUACAAAAAGCUCCAGAAGUUGUAGAAGAACAACCUGCUCCUAAAGUCGUUGCCCCUACUGCUGAGCAGAUUACUGCAAUCAAGGCUGCGAUAGUGAAUUCCCAGACUCUUGAAGAGGUUGCUAGACUUGAGAAGGCCCUGAAGACAGGUCAGCUUCCAGCAGACUUACUAAUUUUUGAUGACAAGAUUGCGUCAAACACUGCAAAGGGAGAGGAUGAAGAGAUGGUUCCCAGUAGUCAGAAUGAAGCAGAUGUUCAACAGAAAAAAUCUGAGGAGCAAGAACAAAAGGGUGAUGAAGCUGCCCCAAUGGAACAGGAGUAGUCACUAGGAAGACAGUAAUUUGGAACUUCAUGAAGCCAGUUGGUCGCGCAUUUCCCUGCGAGCUGCAAGUCAUAACGGGUGGAAUCUGUCAGGGAUACUGGAGAGUACUGUUUACUAAUUUUUGUGAAUGUAUCAUUAUGUUAGUCAUAGAGUAUUCGUAUCUUUCUUAAAUGCACAAUUUUUACCUUUUUUUUUUCACCUUUUGUGUCUUUUUCAUUUCCAUUUCCAUUUUUAGGGUAAGACUCGAGUAUGCGCAAAUGUGAACUUACAGGCCCCUUUUUUUGUUGGGAUAAGAAUAGAUAGAUCAGGAGAUAAUCAA